AUGGAAAUACAAAUCGCACCUGAAUUUCAAAAAUAUGUUUGUUUAACUAGUAACUGUUUCGUUCCUUACACUUCCAUCAAUCCCACCAUGUCAGAGAUCAAUCUCAAUGGCUUGUACGAUAAGGCGCUUGAUGUUGACCCUGAUUUGCGGUUUAUGGCGCUUGAAGAUUUGAAAAAAUAUCUCUCAAGUUCGCCCUCUGUAACUACCAAAGGAUUAGAAAAGUUUAUCCCUAUUCUCUUCCGUUUGUUGAAGGACUCCAAUCCAGAUGUCCAGAGUCAGGCGGUGAAGCUGUUUGCUCCAUUGGUAGUGUUUUUAAGUCCUGGGGCAACCCUCGAAGUGAUUCGCAAAUUGUAUGAGCAAGUACAAUUGGAGAAUGAGAAGGAUUCCAAAAAGAUUACAAUUUCAAUUCCAAACAUGGCACUUCGUUCUAUAUUCUCCUCAAAUGCAAAGUUCCCUUACCAAACUUCACGUGGCAUUUUGGACUUACUUAUCCCUAGUAUACUUUCAUCUGUUGUGGCGGUGGACUCUAUUGAAAUACUUACAUACCUCAUUAAGUACCUUGGGAACGUGUUGUCUCCAGAUGAAGAAAGACAAUUAGCAUUAGCAUUGAUUCAAAUUGUAUUUGGAUCUAAUGGAUUGGUCAGUAAGAGGGCUGUUGUUGCCUUGGAUCUGCUCUUGCAAUACCUCGACAACGAUGAUUCGUCCAGUGAGCUACUUAACGAAUUAGUAUUGGCUGUGUCGACAUCCUCUCCAAAUGUCACUAGUUUAAGUCUUUCACUUUAUUCGGUUCUCUUAAAUAAUUCCCUGCCCAAGACCGACCUGUCAUCCCUUCUUACUGAUGAUGCAAUUGCUCAUAUUUAUGACAAGAUUGUCCAAUCUUUGCUCUUGCCUUCUUUAUACGAGGAGUUUGACACAGCAGACUUUGAUUAUGAUUCAUUGGUACAGCAAUGCUCUGCAAGAGAAGAUGCUCUUAUAACUCUCACCACACUUAUUAAGGCAGUUCCAUAUGCUAAAUUUGCCCCCUUCUUGGGUGAUACUUUUGAAUAUAUCAAGGCUUGCCUUAAAUAUGACCCUUUGAAUUUUGGUGAUGAUGAAGAUUAUCAACAGGAUGAUACUCUUGACUCAGACAUCGAAUUUUCCGAUGAUGAAGAUGGAUUCAAUAACGAUAGUGAUGACAAUGACUGUCUGUGGAAAUUGAGAAAGCAAGCUGCUUCUGUAUCUAUAGCACUUUCAGUCUACUAUGGGGAUAUUUUACCGUUGGUAUACUCAAACCUUGUCACUCUGCUUAUUUCUUCGUUUGACGAUCGUAAUGACUUUGUUUCGGAUGAAGCAAUUGCUUCAGUCACCUCUCUUAUUAGUGCCACGGCUGCAAACGAAGCAUUCUAUGUCAAUAAAGCUUCCUCUAGAAGAAAUUCGGAUGCCAGUAUGGCUGCAGUAGAGUCUGAUCCUCUUUUGCAGCUUUCUUCUGAAGUUCUUCCACGGGUGCAAGAUAAACUAUUCUAUAAUUUGCUUGUGGAAAAGAAAACAGCUCGUUUCCCUAUCUUUCUUAAGCUAAUCGAAUCGUGUUCCGUGGCCAAUGAAGGUUUGCCAGAAGAUUUCUUGAACCAAUUGUACGACUUGUUGACGAGAAUAAGAAUGAAAACGAAUGGAGUAGCUGAAUACUUGAAUUUAUACAAGGUAAUCAUUCAAACCAAUAGCGCUCAAGAUAUUCUGAUACAAUUCGUAAAUUAUAUUGUCGAUGACUUAUCAAAAUCUAUUUCUAAUGAGCAAGCGUAUCAUAAUAUUAUUAUGGAAAGUUUAAAUACUUCCAUUGUUCUAUUUGUUAAGUUUAGACUUGUGGACUUAGGUCACAAUUCUGUUGAUGGCCUAUACCGAGCUAUCUAUGAAAAGUGUCACAAUAAAGCUUACUCUAGUGAACUUAGACAAAAGGCUAUUUCUAGUAUGGGUGAACUUUUCUACAACAUCAAACUUCAAGACUUGAACAAGGGUAUUGAAGUGUUUCAAGAAGGUUUAAACUAUGAAGCUACAUUGAGAACGGCUGUGGAAAACUUGGGUAGAAAAAUAUUUGAUGAACAAUGUGCCAAUAGAGAACAGGUUUUCUCUUUCGAUGAAUUUGUUCAAAUUGUUGUUGGGAAACUAGUACAAGUAAUUGUUUCCACUGAUGAAUCAUUGUAUAUACUGUCACUUAAGGCGUUACUUCAAAUAGCCAAGCGAGGCGGAAUUCCUCAAUCCAAUGAUACUGUCAAACAAUUACUUACUUUUGCUCGUCAAACUGAAGAUGCAAAGCAACUUUUGUUAACCUUUGGAAUCUUACACUCUUUAGUAAAGAAUUCCGAUAAUAUAAUUGAAGAGUCUUUUGUUGAUUCCAUAAUUGAGAUAGCUGGUACAAAGCUUGUUGACAUGGAUGGAAUAAACUUGAAUGAUUAUUCGUCUCUUAUUAAUGAAAUGACCCAUAAAGCAGAACCACGUGAGCUUUUCUUCAAAUUCAGUUCAUCAUUGAAUUUAAAUCAAUAUAUUUCCGCAAAGACUUUAUCCAUAGUUGCUAUUGCAGGCGAUAUCCGUGAUGUUAUUGCACAAUCUGAAAGAGAAUUACUUAAUGGAGUAAAUAUUUUGUUUAAUGUUCAAUUUUUGGGAAAUGUUGGUGCCUCUAUCAAAUUGGAAGAUACUAAUAUUGAUACAUUUUUCGGGUUUUUCAAUAGUGAAAAUGAAGAGAUAAGAUUGGCAGCUGCCAAAGCUACCGGAUUAUUCAUUCACAGGGAUGUUACAACAUACUUGCCUACACUUUUAGAAAGAUAUACAACUUCGGAAGUUGAUAGAGAAUUGAUUCUUGUUGCCUUUAGAGAAAUUUUGACUGCAAAUAAUUCGGAUUUACAACCGGUUGACCUUAAUAAAAUUUGGUCAAGAAUUUGGCAAAUUCAAGAGAAUGAAACUAGAAAUGAAAUUAAAACUUCAGAAUCCAAAUUUGCUGGUUAUAUCUUGGCCAAAAUUUGUAAACUUGAAAGUCAUACAUAUGUUCCUGAACUUAUUGCAAAGACUGAAGAAUCCAAUCUAACUCUUACUACAAGAUACACUCUCAUUGCAGUGCUCAAGCAACUUCUUUCAAUACAAGAAGAUGGUGAGGAUGGCGAAUCGUACAUCCUUCAAUACUUCCUUCUGACUCUCAAGUUUUUUGAUAUUGUAAACAUUCUUAUCAAACAAGCAUUGAUGGGAACUUUAUUAACUGGUUUACAUAAUAAACCAUUAAUGUUUUUCCCUAUUUUACAAUCUGAAAUUCUUCCAAGAAUUUAUAAUGAAUUAGAAGCAAAGCCUGAAUUUAAAAAGACUAUUCCUAUGGGUCCUUAUAAAUAUAACAUUGAUGAAGGAUUAGAAAUUAGAAAAUUAACUUAUGAAUUCUUGAAUGCAAUUUUAUCAAUUGAUAAAGAUUUAACUGUCUACGGAGUGAGCUACUUUGAAAUAAUCAAUAAUAUACUUGAUAAAGGCUUUAAGGAUAGUGAAAGUGAUAUAAUUGUUUUAUCAUCGAUUAACUUGUCUAUUUACAUAAACAAAAGACCGGAAAUAUUACUUGAGGAAAAUAUUUUGGAAAAACUCUCCACUCAAGUCAAGUUGGUUUUGAAUAAAAAAUUGAAGGCGAAACCAAGUAGACAAGAGGCAGAAAAUUAUGAUGAAUGUCAAAAAUCAAUUUUGAAAUUAUGCAAGAUUGUUAAUAAAGGUAUCAGCUUAGAAAACAACAAAAAUGGACGGAAUAUCACUGUGAGAGGAAAAGAAUACCUGGAAUGGAGUGCGUAUUAUAAUGAAUUGAAGAGUAGUUAUGAUAUGAGCUAA